AGUGUUUGUUUGUGCUAAAGGCUAACUGCGUAACCUUCAUCUCACUCUCACUUUACCUGCAGGUUUACUGAUAAACACGCCGUAAACACGUCGUUUUAACUUAAAAAACAGAGAGUUUAUUGUCGUAAUGUACUUUUUACGCUGCCUGUCAUGACAUGUUUGUGAUCGGGGCGUUUUAUAGAGUCAUGAGUCUCAUGUCGUGAAACUCGUUCUCUUCGUCUGCAGCAGCGCGUGGACUGAGUGAUCUCACAUGGAGGGGACACGGGGACUGUUCUGGUUCUAGACUGGAGCUGAAAAAGUCCAUUUUCUGUCCAUGGAAAGACUGUCCUGUGUCCGUCUGUCUCUGAAGCAGCGCUACCUGCUGCUGCUGUGUCUGGGUCUGUGCGCGCUCAUCAUCUACCACCGCUCCAGCAAGAGGUCGUCAGGAGCACGAAGAAUGAGCCGAACGGAGAAACUUCAAGCUAAUUCUUCUCAGUUCACGUUGGGAGGGAAGCCGUUUCGGAUUUUGGGAGGAUCCAUCCACUACUUCCGAGUGCCCAGAGCUUAUUGGGAGGAUCGUUUACUCAAGAUGAAAGCCUGUGGCAUCAACACACUCACGACAUAUGUUCCCUGGAAUCUGCAUGAACCUGAACGAGGUGUGUUUAACUUUGAGGAUGACCUGGAUUUAGAAGCGUACCUUGAGCUUGCGGACAGUUUAGGGCUGUGGGUGAUUCUGCGUCCAGGACCCUACAUCUGCGCUGAAUGGGACUUAGGAGGACUCCCGAGUUGGUUACUGCGAGAUCCAAACAUGAAACUAAGAACAACUUACCCUGGAUUUACAGACGCAGUCAACAAAUACUUUGACCAGCUCAUUAAAAAAGUCGUUCGGCAUCAGUACUCUUUCGGAGGCCCAAUCAUCGCAGUUCAAGUGGAGAAUGAAUAUGGAUCUUAUGCUAAAGACACAGACUAUAUGACCUUCAUGAAGGAAGCGUUACUGUCGAGAGGCGUCACUGAGCAGCUCGUGACUUCGGACAACGCAGACGGGCUGAAGAUGGGACGAGUGAAAGGAGCUCUGGAAACAAUUAACUUUCAGAAGCUAAACCCAAAAGACCUAAAAUAUCUGGAUGACAUACAGCCCCACAGGCCUAAGAUGGUGAUGGAGUACUGGACGGGCUGGUUUGAUCUCUGGGGGGGCCUGCAUCAUGUGUUUCCUGCUGAGGAAAUGGUGGCAGUUGUCACAGAAAUCCUGAAAAUGGAUAUGUCCAUCAACCUGUACAUGUUUCACGGAGGCACAAAUUUUGGAUUCAUGAACGGAGCGUUGGCUGUUGGAAUCCCAUCACCAAAACCUAUGAUAACGAGCUAUGAUUACGACGCUCCAUUAUCCGAGGCUGGGGAUUACACCACCAAGUAUCGCCUUCUAAGAAAUGUAUUCAGCCACUACCACACUCAGGACCUCCCCAAAAUGCCCUUUCUGGUCGAGAGAAAAGCAUACCAGCCUGCAGUCGUUCAUCAGCAUCAAUCUCUCUGGGACAGUUUGCACUUCAUUGACAAGCCUUUUAAGUCAGAAAAGCCGAUAAACAUGGAGAAUCUACCCGUGAACAACCACAACGGCCAGUCCUAUGGAUACACUUUAUACGAAACCACCAUUCACUCCGGAGGGACGCUAAACUCCAACAACCACAUCCGAGACCGAGCUUUGGUUUUUGUCGACAAACAGUGUGUUGGAGUUUUGGAUUAUAAUGUGUUGGAGCUCACGUUACCAGAUGGAAAGGGAAAAAGAACAUUGAGCUUUUUGGUGGAAAAUACUGGCCGAGUUAAUUAUGGAACAACUUUGGAUGAACAACGCAAAGGUAUUGUUGGGGACAUUGAGUUAAACAAACAGCCUUUGCGAGACUUCCUUAUUUAUAGUUUGGAAAUGAAGCCCGCCUUUGUAAACAAAUUGAAGACUUCAGGACACUGGCUCUCUAUGCACCAAAGACCGUCUUUCCCAGGAUUUUUCCAGGCCAAGCUCCACAUAAAGACGCAGCUUAAAGACACUUUUAUUAAACUUCCUGGCUGGGGAAAAGGUGUCAUCUUUGUCAAUGGAAAAAAUCUGGGACGGUACUCUUCAGUCGGUCCACAGCAGACUUUAUAUUUGCCGGCGCCGUGGCUAAACAGAGGAGAUAACCAUUUGAUGGUUUUCGAGGAGCUAGAAUCCGACGGUAAGAUCCUGUUCUCCCCCAGCGCUGACUAUGGCAUGAGCGUGGAUGUCCAGUGAACGGAAGCAGCACAGAGCGAGGAUAGAGAGUUAAGCAAAAAAUUUCUCUUCACUUUUGACACUCCCCCUCUCUCUCCGUCCCUUAUUCUCUCUCUCAUCACCCUCUCUCUCUCUCUACUCUUACUCUUCAGUUUCCUGUCUCUCCUCUGUGUCUCCUUUACUCUUCUCUCUCAUCUGUCUCUCUCCUCUCUCUCCUUUACUCUUCUCUUUACUCUGUCUCUCUCCUCUGUCUCUCCUCUUUUCUCUGUCUCUCCUGCCUCUCCUCUGUCCCACCUCUGUCUCUCCUCUCCUUUGUCUCUCUCCUCUUUCCUCUCCCCUGUCUCUCUUUUCUCUCCUCUUUCCUCUCGUCUGUCUCAUUUGCAGUCGCAGCUCCAGCCCCAUAAACAUUGCCGCGGUCGUGAUGGAGGGCUCUGGAGGGAGAAUGGGCUCUCGGGCUGAUUCCCACAGAAAGGUAAUGACAGGCCCCGUCAAUACCGUCGCUCCAUUUACUCCGGCCAACGUCUGCCGCGCUAACAAGACUGGAGGCUAACGCGCACAGCCCCCCGAGCGUGUCCACUCAGGUAAUUCAGCUGGUGUCAAGAUGGAUGGCCCGAGAUGGACUCAUUACAUGCCCAAACUUCACUCCACUUCUCUCCUCACGUCUCCAGCUGCACUGUGCUUGUUAAGGCUUUAAACAAAUGCUUCACGUCCCGGGACAGUGGAUUUAUGGUUAUGUGCUCCCCUUCAGUACAAAACUCAUGUAUCUGCAUAUAAAAAUGUAUUAUUUUAAGUCAGUUUGUCAGAUUUUUUGAUCAAAGUAGAGACAGGGCUUGCAAAGAAAAGCAAUCCUCGAACUUCACGACCAAAUCCUCAUUUCUGACCAUCUCCGUUUUAAUAAAUCAGAUCAAAUCAGGGUUGAAUCAAGACUGAAAACUGUAAAAUAAAAUAAAUGCAUCAUCAGGAGGAGAAGACAAGCCUCCAGAGCUGCCUGAAGGAGAUGAUACAGAAUGAUCAUAACGGGAUACAUUAACUACAACCGUCACAAAAGCAAUUUAAAUGUAAUUAUAUUUGAUUGAGCUAUUUGUUUCUGCAAUUAAAAUAAAAUAUCUGAAAG